AGUUUGAACACAAAUGUUGUGUAAAUAAUGUGAUAAUUAGUGACUCAUUGACUGAAUUAGUAUUAAUUGCGUGAAGAGGGAUGCGAUUCAAUGAGAAGGAGUUAUGUCUGUAUUCUUCGGGUCCAGCCAUCAAAGAGGGACGCAUUCACCACAAGAACCCGAACGCAGGAUUCAGAGAAGGCUUUAAGGAGCGAUGGUUUAAGUUGAGGGGAAACCUAUUGUUUUACUAUCGCGUCAAUGAGUUUGGAGGCGUCCAUCACAAGGAACCGGUCGGUUGUCUCGUCAUCGAGUUGUGUCGCGUCCAGAGGGAGGACGAGUCGGGCCUCGGGUUCGCCUUUUCUAUAUGCUUUGACAGCGAUUUGGAUAAAAAGCAUUUCUUGAUGUGCAGUAACCAAAGACAAUGUGAUGAAUGGGUGGAUGUGUUGAGUGAAUGCAGUUAUCAGAACCAAAAGAACAAACUCAUGGACCUCAAGAAUCAAAUCAUGGAUAUCACCGGAACUGAUCCGUUGACCUCAUAUUCAUAUCAAACCAAAUAAUCAAACCGUUGUGUUAUUAUUAUUUAGUAUUUUUCUACUUUAAAAGA